AUGGACUUGAAAGUCCCAAAAACUGGAAGGCCGUGGAGGUCAAUUUGUGCAGCCAUCCUCAAUCAUGCAGAUGCGAAGGCUCUUGCAAUUCAUGGUGUUCGAAAGUCCGUAGGCAAUGGUGCAAACUCUCUCUUCUGGCAUGACCCAUGGGUAUGUAAUAUUCCUCUAAAGAUAAUGUUUCCAAGACUAUUCUCACUAGCCAUAAAUCAGGAUGCCCUUGUAUCAUCAUACGGGCUAUGGGAAGGAUUUAAUUGGAUCUGGAGCUUUGCGUGGAAAAGAGGUUUAAGACCUCAUGAUUUAGCCGAAAAAUCUCGACUUGAUGAGAUUCUUCAUCAGGUCUUCCUGGACCAAGACUCAAAUGAUUCUCUAAUAUGGGCCUUCCACAAGCUGGGCCAGUUCUCUACCAAGUCCUUCACGCAGGAGUUAAGCAAACUUAAUCCGCCAGUUGUAAGCGAUGUGAUCAAAGGAGUGUGGAUGGGCCUUGUGCCGCAUCGUAUUGAAGUGUUUGUGUGGCUGGCCCUUCUGGGCAAAAUUAAUACUCGACACAAGUUGGCGUCCAUGGGAAUUCUGCCGAGUGAUCAAGAUGUAUGUCCCCUCUGCAAUUCUUUCCCAGAAUCAAGUGAUCCUUUGCUCCUUCACUGUGAGGUUUCGAGGCUUAUAUGGGGAUGGUGGAUGAACCUAUGGGCGCUUAAAUGGGUUUUCCCUAAAACCCUAAGCGACGCUUUCUCUCAAUGGAGGCUGGUGAAGAAGAAAAAAAAGUUCUUUCAAAAAGUGUGGGCUGCAGCUUUCUUUAUAAUAGUCUGGACGAUAUGGAAGGAGCGAAAUCUCAGGAUCUUUGAAGCCUCAUCAUCCAGUGCAAAAGAUCUUCAAGAUUUGGUGCUUCUCAGAAUAGGUUGGUGGAUAAGUGGAUGGGAUGAAGGAUUCCCUUACUCGCCGUCUGACAUUCAAAGGAAUCCAUGGUGUUUGGAGUGGGAGGGCAGUAAAGCACCAGCGAGUUCUAUUAUUCAUGCGCCAUCUUUCAUUCCAUGGUCACCCCCUCUCAAAAACGUUCUAAAAUGGAACGUAGAUGCCUCCGUGGACAUAUCGAAUUCAAGUGCUGCAAUCGGUGGUGUGCUUAGGGAUCAUGGUGGAAAAUUUGUCUGUCUCUUCUCAUCUCCCAUCCCUCUCAUGGAGAUAAACUGUGCUGAAAUUCUCACCAUUAACAGAGCCAUAUCCAUCUCUAUUCACAGUAGCUCGGUAAGAUCUAUGUGCCUUCUCUUGGAAUCUGAUUCCUCCAAUGCUGUAAUGUGGAGCAACAAUGAUAAUGGUGGGCCUUGGAACAUGAAACAUCACCUUAACUUCAUUAGAAGCUCGCGGAAGAAGAUACUAAACAUCGAGAUCACUUACAAAAGUCGCAAAUCCAAUUUUGUUGCGGAUUCGCUUGCCAAGCAAGGAUUGAAACGUCAAGAUGAGUUCAUAGCGUGGCUGUAA